GGAGCGGUAUCGCUGUGGGAGAAUUGCUGAGCGAUAGAGCGGAGGUUGGAUAAUUAAAAUACAAAUUGAGAUAAACGGAUCAGCAGUCAGGACUGAUAACUAGGCAGCACAGGGUGAGGGUCGGAGUCAGGCCAGGACGUAAGGAUUUUGGAAAGCUAUUUUUAUUCUCAUCUUCGCUCCCAAGAACGCCAUGGCAGCCCAUCGGGAGAAAAAACAUGAAGAAAGGAAUCACAAAAGCACCCGAAAUGACGCUCGGGCUCCUCAAGCACAGUGGGGAAGAGCAUGGGAGGUAGACUGGUUUUCCUUGGCAAGCAUUCUUUUCCUGCUCGCAUUUGCACCGCUGAUCGUGUAUUACUUCAUCAUGUCCUGCAACCAGUACCAGUGCUCUCUGACCAAUCCUCUCAUUGACUUGCUCAUGGGGAAUAAACAUCUGUCUGACAUCUGGAAUAAGACUCCUACGUUGACUUAUACAGCUGCUGGCAUCUAUGCUGCUUGGGUUGCCUUCCAGGUGAUUUUGUAUGUGUUUGUUCCUGACUUCUGCCACAAGUUUCUUCCUGGAUACGUAGGAGGUGUCCAAGAAGGUGCUGUCACUCCUGCUGGUGUAGUAAAUAAGUAUGAAAUCAAUGGACUCCAAGCUUGGAUCAUUACCCAUGUGCUUUGGUUUGCAAAUGCUUAUUAUUUCCACUACUUCUCACCUACCAUCAUUUUUGACAAUUGGAUUCCUCUCCUGUGGUGUGCCAAUAUCCUGGGAUAUGCAGUUUCUACAUUUGCAUGGAUUAAAGGGCACUUUUUCCCUACAAAUGCCAGAGAUUGCAAAUUCACUGGCAACUUCUUUUACGACUACAUGAUGGGGAUUGAAUUUAACCCUCGAAUAGGAAAGUGGUUUGAUUUCAAGCUGUUCUUCAAUGGGCGCCCUGGUAUUGUAGCCUGGACUCUGAUUAACCUUUCUUAUGCUGCUAAACAACAGGAGCUGUAUGGUCACGUAACCAACUCCAUGAUCCUUGUCAAUGUCCUUCAGGGUAUUUAUGUUUUGGACUUCUUCUGGAAUGAAGCCUGGUAUUUGAAAACCAUUGAUAUCUGCCACGAUCAUUUUGGAUGGUACUUGGGCUGGGGAGACUGCGUUUGGUUGCCUUACCUCUAUACUCUGCAGGGUUUAUAUUUGGUUUACCACCCUGUGCAGCUCUGCACAGCUAGUGCCAUCGGGAUCUUGGCGUUGGGCUUGGUUGGCUAUUAUAUCUUCAGAAUGACAAACCACCAGAAAGAUCUCUUCCGCCGUACCAAUGGCAACUGCAAGAUAUGGGGGAAGAAGCCCAACUACAUUGAGUGCUCCUACAUGUCUGCGGAUGGGACCAAGUACUACAGCAAGCUGAUGACCUCAGGGUUCUGGGGGUGGGCACGCCAUUUUAACUACACUGGAGAUUUGAUGGGCUCCCUGGCCUAUUGCCUGACCUGUGGGUUUGAACACAUCUUGCCUUACUUCUACAUUGUUUAUAUGACUAUUCUGCUAGUUCACCGUUGCAUUAGGGAUGAACACCGUUGUUACAGCAAAUACGGGAAAGACUGGAAGCACUACACUGCUGCAGUACCCUACCGGCUCAUACCAGGGCUAUUUUAAGGCUGACACGGAAUCUAAGGGAAAUAAACUUUCUUUUAAAGGAAAAGAGCUUAUUCGCACUGUUAAACUAACAAAAAUAUGUUGGAAAAGGCACAAUUCUCUGUAGAACAAAAGGUGCCUGGAGAACUAUCCUUCAUGUACUGAGGGAAUGUGCUUCUAGUAAGCAGGCACAGUGUUUAAAGUAAACAAAACGAGGCACAGAAAUGGCCUUUUUAAUGGAUGUAUCGGAAGCGUUCAGUCAUGGAUUGAACCACUGAUUGAGCAGCUGGAGGAAAGACCCAGUCAGCCCUGGGAGCGCAGGUGAAGGCAAUUCACUGUGUGACCAGAAGGGGAGGAACCAGGCUCCACCCCUCUUAGGCCUCAUUUAAAGGCUGACUGCCAUUAAGGAAGGUUCUCUUUUUAGAGAUCCCUCUUUGGUGGAAGUUUUUCCCUCCAAACCCCAAAUUUUCUGAUAGGGCUGAGUUGAUCUACUUCCUUUUCUUUGUAGCACCUUGCCGUUGUGCUGGUCUUUCUACCUCUUUUGUAACAUUUUCCAUCAUGUUGAUCUUUCUGAUUGCUACAAGAGGCAUCUCUAAAAAGGCCUGUUUUACCUGGAACUCUUCUUUCCUCUCGCAGAAUUACCUUGGAAUUGAAGAAAAGUUGCAUGCAUUUAGACUCUUGAAAUCUUUCUAGUGCUGGGAGGAAGCCUCACUCCUCACAGCAGCCAAGUACUUGAAGCGAGUUACCAGUGAAUUAGAGGAGGAGAAGGAAAAUAAUGGUGUGAUUGCUUCUAGAAAGGAACUGUAUGGUUGCUUGUGGCAUUCAUAACCUACAGUUAGUAGUGUUCUGAUGGAGGCUUUGAUUUCCUCAUUUGAAGGGGUUAACCUAGGAAAUAACUAGUGUUUCAGAAGACUGGUGUAAUCUGACUCACAAGUUAUUUGUGUGGGCUGGUAUAAGUUAGUAUGGCUUGAUAAUUCCGUUAGUCUGCAGCACUGGAGAAACAUGGUCCGUGUCCACGUGGUUAUUAUCUUGAUACUGAAAUCCUACUUGCUUUUUGAAGAUAUUGAGAAUGCAUUGAUUUCUUUACUGUGGGUAGAAAACUUUGUUUGCUGUCAUUUUUAUCUAAAAUAAUGUUUGAUGUUUGUAACAGUUUGAGAACAAAAUGUUUAGUUUGAAGACAAGUAAAAAAAAAUACUGCUAA